AAAAAUAAUAGAAAUAGAUGGAAAUUGAACUAGAAAUCGAAAUAUUUGAUUCAACCUGCAAAACAACCUUAUGCAUAGAUGAUACAGUGAGUAUAAAUGAACUAAUCGAAUUCAUUCAAACAACCCACUCUUAGAAACUAAAUGGAUUAGAUUAAAGUAAUAUCUAAAUUCAAAUCUAAGCCACAGGCCAAGUGAUUAUUCCUUCAAACAACAGCCUUCAACAAGUUUUAGGAGGAUUAAAGAAAGCAAAACUCUUACUCUAAAAAAAAUAAUUGCAAUACCCAAAUCAAAAUAAUUUAGAUAUAUAGCCAUCUGGAAGCUAGAAUCGGCCAUAUCAACAAAAUCAAAUUGAUUAUACCAAUUCUCAAGCAAGAAAUUAACCUUAAGUCUUAACAACACUACCCUAAUAACAAUAAUAAUAAGUGUACAAUACUCAACAAUCAAAACAAUUCAAUAUCAAUAUAAAAAAUGGGAACUAGUAAAUCUAACUUUAAUUAAGUGAUAAUAUUACAAUUCAUGAUUUGAUCUUGGCCAGUUAGUAAAGUUUAGGAGUGGAUCUACAGCAUUAGCAUCUUUACCAUGGCACUAAAAACUUGUCAUUAAUGAAUCCAUAAACUACUCUUAAUACAAUAGGACUGUAAUAUUUCGCCUAAUUGGAUUGGAAAGUAUCAAGCCAAAUUAAUUAAUUUCAAAAUAAUUAGCAAGCUAACUUUAAUUAAAGACCUGUUUAAUAGAACAAUGUGAUUAAUUAAAGUCAUUUUUAGGGAUAAAAUCCAGGAGGGUAAACCCAAUAUAAUUCAUAAUAAAAUCAGCAAUACAAUCAGCAACAACCAUAUCAAUAACAACAAUAUCAAUAACAACCAUAUCAAUAACAAAAUCAACAGUACAAUCAAUAAUAAAAUGUUUAAUAAACUAAUAUGGCUUAUUAAUAGCAAUAACAAUAACAAUAUUAAUAGCAAUAAUAAUAAUAAUUAUAAUAAUCUAAAUAAGGUCAAUAUGGAUAAUCAUAAGUCAAUAAUCCUCCAUAAUCAAAUGUUUAAAGUCCAGGAAAAUAAAUAACAAUCAACUUUGAGAUUUAGGAUGGAUAAAUUGUACGACAAUUCUCAACAAUUACAAAUACUAAUAACACCCUAUUAUAAUUAUAGGAGGCAGUUUACCAAUAUUUAGGAAUUUCUAAAGAUGCAGCUUCUGUUGAUCUAUUUAUCAAUGAAACACCCCUAGGAGGAGGUAAACUUCCGUUAACAUUAAAGAUGCUGCAGUUGACUAAAGAAUAUUAGACAUUCAAAGUUAAAGUGAGAUGGGUUGGAGGAUGAUAAAUCAAAGUAUAAAAAUUUCUUAAUAUAUAUAUAAUUAUUAAUAUUUUAACAA